AUGGCUUUCCAACUGCCUUCGUUCCUGUCCCGCUUCCUCCGCCCGUUGAGCACUGCGGCCUCAGUGUCCCUCCAGCCCGACGCCCUCGCGGCUAUGCAAUUCCCUCCCAACUCACAGCGAGCCAUCUUCGCCGGCGGGUGUUUUUGGGGUCUGGAAGAGUUAUAUCGCAAGCACUUCGGCGACGGCAAGGGUCUGUUGGACUGCAGAGUUGGAUACACCGGCGGCCAGACCAAGGCCCCGUCAUACCACGACGUCUGCUCUGGACGUACCGGCCACGCCGAAUCGCUACUACUAGUCUUCGACCCGGACCGUCUCUCGUACAAGCAACUUUGCGAGUUCUUUUUCAGGAUACAUGAUCCGACCACCCUCAACCGCCAGGGCGCCGACAGCGGCACGCAGUACCGCUCUGCGAUUUUCGCCGAGAACGACGAGCAACUCCAGAUAGCCGAGGAGAUUAAGAGGAAGGUGGGCGAACAAUGGUAUCCCGGCAAGAAGAUCACCACCGAGAUCCGAAGAGCGACGCAGUGGUAUGAUGCGGAGGAUUACCAUCAGAAAUAUUUGAUCCCGGAGCCAGGCAAGGACACAUCUGGCUUGUACCAUUGCCCUGCGCAUUACCGACGACCAUUCCCGGACUUGAAGUAA